UUUUCGUCCAACACCGAGAUGCAGUUGUUGCUGGCGGCUGCCCAGAACAGUGGCAGGGACCCCCACUUCAUCUGGCUGGGGAGUGACGGCUGGUCUGGCAACCUGGAGAUGAGUCACUCCCACGAGCAGUACUUAGAGGGCGCCAUUACUGUACAACCGGACUCGGGAGUAGUCAGAGGUUUCGAAGACUACUUCGUUGGUUUGAGACCGGGGGCGGAGAGACGUGUGAUCAACCCCUGGUUUGACGAGUAUUGGACUAAAGAGAUGGGGUGUAGGGUAAAGGGUAUCCCUAACACCUCCCCAUUCCACCAAGACGUCACCAGAAUUUGCGAUAAGAGUGAAUCGAUACCCAAAUCUGACGUCGAAAUCAACACGCAGACCCAGUAUGUUGCGGACGCAGUCUUCGUUUUUGCUCACGCUCUCGAUCUUAUGUACAAGGACAAAUGCGGUGGUCAAAAUCAAGAUCAAAACCGAACUGAAACUCAAGGUGAAGACCAAAGCCAAGGUCAAAACCAAACUGAAACUCAAGGCCACGCCCAAAAUCUAGUCCACGUGGAGUCUGGAGAAGGAGACGGACCCUGUGAAGGAUUUCUUCCCAUCAAAGGGGAAGAAUUAUUGCACUAUAUGAAGAAAGUCGAAUUCAAUGGCUUAAACGGAAACAUAGUAGCUUUUGAGGAAGACGGUGACGCGCCACCCAAUUACAAAAUCCUCAAUUUCCGCAAGGACCAACCCAGUGGUACGUACGGGUAUGUCGAGGUGGGCCACUACAAAAACGACCAAUUGGAACUAAACGGGGACCUGGUUCGCUUCGCUGGAGUGGAGUUUGAGCAACCGCCGACAACAACUUCGCAGCAGUUGCAGGUGAUGGGCAGACAGACUGUGUAUGCAAAGGAUGUAAAUGAGUUAGAUGAUGAAGCUGACGCUGACGAUGGCCUAAUGAUGAGUCACGUGCCGCAGUCCGUGUGUAGCGAGGAGUGUCCGCCUGGACAAGUGAAGCUCAUUCAAAAUCCAGCGUGUUGCUGGAUUUGUCAGUCAUGUCGAGUGCGUGAAUACCUCUUCAACGAGACUGCCUGUCGUGAAUGUCCUCCACAGCACAAACCCUCCGACGCCAAAUCCAAAUGCGAUCGGAUAUCCAUCGAAUUCGUCAACUUCUCCAACAUUCACGCAAUCGUAACUGUCGUAUUUGCCACUACCGGGAUCAUAAUGACUGUUUUUAUUAUAGCAGUUUACAUAAAACAUUCAGAGGCACCGGCCAUUAAAGCAAGCGCUCGAGAACUUUGCUUUAUUUUACUAACCGGAGUAUUCAUAGCUUACGCGAUACCCUUUUUACUGCUAUUAAAGCCAAAUUUGAUAGUGUGUGCCGCACAAAAAUUGUCGAUAGGAAUGGCGUUCUCGUUAAUGUAUUCGGCUCUACUCGUAAAGACAAAUCGCAUUGCGAGGAUUUUUGACUCGUCGAACGUGAAAGCCGCGAGACCGAUGUUUAUCAGCCCCAGUUCACAGGUUGUCAUCACUGGAUGUUUGAACCUAGUUGAGCUGGUCUUCAUCAUAAUGUGGUUUCUGGCCUCUAAGCCGGAGGCAAUUGUGAACGAACCCUCUCUUUUCCGACUGCAGCUAAUCUGUCAGAACUUCAACGAGUUUUCAUACGUUGCCGGGAUAACCUACCCGCUAAUUCUAUUAUGCGUGUGCACAUAUUACGCAAUAAUCACCCGAAAGAUACCCGAAUCUUUCAACGAGUCGAAGUACAUCGGGUUAACUGUUUACACGACUUGCGUAGUUUGGGUUUCUUUUUUCCCGAUCUAUUUCAUGUCGUCGGACAAUUUAGACAUUCGGACAAUUACACUUUCGGUUACUUGCAUGGUUUCGGCUAGUGUGGUGGUAGCUUGUCUAUUUGCCCCGAAGCUGUAUAUGGUGUUAGGCAAAAAAGAGACCACUUUGCCGAAAAACAGCGGGGCAACAAUGCGAUUUAGAACAAAAAUCGAAACGGUCGAAGCUAGGACUCAACCGCUAUCCCCCACUCCUGUUGCCAAAGCUUCAAACAGUCCCAACAUUCAGAGUUGCUGUUGUAACUGUACUUCUGGGCGAGGAAGUAGCGAACAUUCCAAUAAAAUUAACCAGAGCGCUGUUUAGUACAUUUGAAGUGAAAUUGUGAAAAAUGAAAGUCACUUUUUUGAGAAAAAAAAUUUUCUCUAGAGAGCCGUGGUGCAAUUCCUCUAAAGACCCGUGGUGCAAUUUCGUGGUGCAAUUCCUGCGAUGACUAUUAAAAUGGUGUCGGAUUUUGUCGAUGUAGCCCAUUUAUUUACCAUUAAGAAACAGUUGAAUACAAAGAAUUAAAAACUCAAUUUGGGUUAGAUUGCGUUAUGUUUUAUU